AAGAAACAUGCGGGAGACGGGGGAGCCAGCCAUUGCUCCCUCUAAAAAGGAGUCCCAGAGGUUGUUGACUACAACCCCCAGCAUCCCCAAGCAAGGCCAUUGCAGCUGCGGAUGCUGGGAAGGGUAGUCAGCAGCACACUGGGCUAGGACACACACACACACACACACACACACACGCCCCUCCGCGGCGUCUGCCCGGGCUUCCACUGGUCCUCUGUCUGCCUGGCGCGCCGGGACCUCGACGGGGGUGGGAGGAGGCCGCGAGGCGGGCCCAGCACGGCCCCCGGCCCGAGGCAGGCGGCGGCGCGGACAGGCCGGUUGCGGCUCUGCUGCGCACGCGUGGGGCGGGCGGAAGCGGGAAGGCCCCCUCCCCGAGCUUCCGGCGGUGCGCGCGCAGAAGGCGGGAAUCGCGGGCCGGGAACUAGGAUGCGGCUGCCCUGCGAGGUGUCGGUGUCGAGCCGGCUGCUGCCCUCGGCGGGGCUGCGGGGCCCCGGGCGCGCCGUCAGGGCGCUGCUCUCCCUCGGGAGGCCCCCCGGGGCCGGGGACGGUGGGGCCGCCUGGCUGCUGCUCAGCACCGCCCGGCACCGCCCCGGGAACAAGUACCCGCUGAAGGAUAACAUAGAACAAAUUUUCACAAAGUUUGUGGAGGAAGGAAAAGCCACUGUGCGGCUGAAAGAACCGGCCGUCGACUUCUGCCUCAGUAAGGCAAACGUCAGCCAGCUGAAGAGUUUCCUCUCUGCAGUGAAGCUGGCUCACCGAGGGACUGAAGAGGAAAGGUUGCCGCUCCCAACUCUGGUCCCGCCCAAAGCGUCCGAAGUUGAGAAACCAAAGACAAAGAUGACCAUUGCAUCGAGGAAGGAGUAUCCUUUAACCCGGAGCUUCCCAUACUCCCUAGAGCACCUCCAAGCCUCCUACUGCAAACUGGCCCGUGUGGAUAUGCGCAUGCUUUGCCUCAAGAGCCUCCGGAAACUGGACUUGAGUCACAAUUGCAUUAAGAAGCUGCCGGCAACCAUUGGGGACCUCGUGUGCCUUCAGGAGCUCAGCCUCCAGGACAACCAGCUGGAGUCCUUUGGUGUCGCUCUCUGCAACUCCACCCUCCAAAAGUCACUCCAGUCUCUGGAUCUCAGCCAAAACAAAAUCAAAGCGCUUCCAGUGCAGUUUUGCCAGUUGCGAGAACUCGUUCACUUGAAGUUAGAUGACAACCAUCUAAUUAGGCUGCCAUUCAAAAUUGGUCAGCUUCGCCAGCUUCGCUUCUUGUCUGCUGCUCGUAAUAAGCUCCCGUUUUUACCCCAAGAUUUUGAAAAACUCUCCCUCGAGAAUCUGGAUUUAUUUGGGAAUCCUUUUGAGCAGUCCACGCCUCUUGUUCCCGACAUACAGCUAAAAAUCCCAUUGACUUUAUUCGAAUAUUCUGCAAGAGCAACAGUCAAUUGCAGGAUCCCAUACAACAGCCACAUUCUUCCUUCUCACCUCUGUGAUGACCUGGACCUGUCAAAGACCUGCCAGUGCGGCUGUGCCUGUCUGAGCUGCUUCAUACAGACAACGGUGACCAUGAACCUCCACAGCGUGGCCCACACCGUUGUCCUGGUGGAUAACAUGGGAGGCACAGAGGCCCCUGUCCUCCGCUACUUCUGUUCCUUGACUUGCUACUCUCAGUUUCUGGACAGGCACCUGCAAAGCAUCCGAUGACCUCCAGCCAGCCCUGCUUGUGACACGAGGGGCUUCAUCUAGUGGCUGAGAACAAAUGUUGGCUUCACUCCCUCCUUGAAAGGCACUCCAGUUGGCCAUCUGCUCUCCUUUUCAUCAUUCAGAAAGAGGAAAGCACCCAAGCUGGGUUUUUCAAACAGAAUUCAGCUUAGUUUGGUGCUUGCUGCGUGCUGGCCUGAAGUUUACUCACAGGUAUUGCUUAGGGAAGCUCUUUGUCUGAGGUGUGGAGAGCUGCAGCAUCUGUUCCUGAGACGUAACAUGUCUUGUGUUCCUUCCUCUUUCCCCAUUUCUGCUUGAUGCUGUGAAUGGGGACAGCUGGAAGAUUCUAAGCUGGGGCCCUCAGCAGGAAUCUGCUUCCCUCCUUCCCUGGGAAUUAGCAAGGGGCCAAAGUGUGUCUUGAACCAGAAGCUGCUCUGCUGCUUUCCAAAGAUGCUCAUGCAGGUGGAUUUGUUCUGAAAGGUUCCAGGUUAUUUCAGUACGGUUGGCCUUUUCCCUGAACAGGAUGCUUGCCUCAGCCACCAACAAGUUGGUAUGCAUUUUUAAAAAUAAGAACAAAAUGUUGUACCAUUACUGAUACCUUUGUCUCAUGAGAGAGCAACUUGCAUUUUUGCUACAAACUGGUCAUGUUUACUCUUGUUUUUGAAGCAAAACUGUAACAUUCGAGAGAACCCGUUACUGUAACUGGGAGCUACUUCACUUGAAACUUUGUAUGCAAGAGCUGAUUGAUCCCCAACUACAAAGUCCCGGUGUGCGGCAUCACUAGGAAAUGUAGCCCACAAGCUCGACUUCUAGAUUGUGCCUGCAAAUUAUAAGACUGCCUCUGCUUGGUUGUAUUUCUCCGCUUAAAAAUGUGAUUUAUAUUCAAACCUGGUUUCCAGAUGCACAGUACCUUAUAUGAAGCAGCUCUGCAGUAUUAAAUGUUGAAACCCCUCU